AUGACAUCUACUGGCAUCAUCGACGAGAAGCGUGCUGGGCCCAGUGGUCAGCAGCAUAUUGAGCAGGUGACGGAGAAGAGUUCGACGAGCUUGGAGGAGCUGGAGGAGCUGGAGGCACAGCGUAUUCAGCUUGAUGAGGCAGAGGCGAAUCGCGUGUUACGCAAGGUGGAUUAUCGGCUCGUGCCUGUGCUGACGCUGCUCUACCUCGUUGCUUACAUCGACCGCUCGAACAUUGGUAACGCCAAAAUCGCCGGUAUGGACAAGGACCUCAAUCUCCGCGGCCUUCGGUACAACACCGCGGUGACGCUGUUCUUCGUCCCCUACACACUCCUUGAAAUACCUUCGAACAUUGUCCUCAAGAUGAUGAAGCCGAGUCACUGGAUGGCAAUCCUGAUGUUUUCGUGGGGAUUGGUGAUGACCUUGAUGGGUCUCGUCAAUAGCUAUGGAGGUCUUCUCGCUGGCCGUUUCUUCCUCGGCGUGACCGAGAGUGGGUUCUUUCCCGCAGCCACUUUUUUGCUUACGCUCUGGUACCGUCGAUUUGAGUUGCAGCGACGUAUGGCGGUGUUCUACGCAGCUGCUUCCCUGGCUGGAGCCUUCUCCGGCCUUCUCGCGUACGGCAUUGAGAAGCUAGACGGAAGGUCAGGAAUCGCGGGAUGGCAGUGGAUUUUCCUGAUCGAGGGCUUGAUCCCAGUGGCGCUUGCUCUGAUCAUCUGGAAAAUUCUGCCUGAUAGCCCUGAGACAGCCAGGUUCCUCACCCAACCAGAGAGAGACCUCCUAGUUCGCCGACUCCAGGAUGAUGCGGGAAGCGGGCAGGGCAAGGCUACCAACAAUGACAAGAUGGGCAAGCAGCAUAUCAUUGCUGGUCUCUCGGACUGGAAGAUUUGGGCUGGUGUUGUCAUUUUCUGGGGUAGCACUGUCGGUAUCUACGGUUUCACUGCCACAGUCCCGACCGUGAUCAACGGCCUGGGCUACUCCAGCGCAAACGCUCAGCUGCUUACGAUCCCCAUCUACAUUUUCGCCGCCAUCGUCACCCUCAUCUGGGCAUGGGGCUCUGACCUGUCCCAGAAGCGCUCACCCUGGAUUAUUGGCGGCUUCUGCAUCGCCAUUGUAGGCUUCAUUGCGCAACUCGCUAUCCCGCACCCUAGGUACCCGGGUCUGACCUACGGCUUCCUUUUCCCGGUGGCAGCAGGCCUGUACUGCCCGUUCACUUGCCUGGUAUCCUGGGUCGCUAACUCACUGGCGCCCAGCUCAAAGCGCGCGGUUGGUAUGGCGCUGCUCAUCUCGGUGGGCAACAUGGGUGGCAUCAUGGGUAGCAACAUCUACCUUGCAAGGGAGAAGCCGAAGUACACCACUGGCUUUGCGACCAGUUUGGCAAUGUGUGUUGCUGCUGUUGCCAUGACGUUCGUUCUGCGAUGGGCGUACGCCAAAGAGAAUAGGAAGAGGGACCAGCUCAUUCAGGAGUACGGUGAAGAAGCGAUUAGGGCGAGGUACACGGAAGAUGAGUUGUUGGUGCUGGGCGACAAGAGUCCAUUCUUUAGGUACACCUUGUAA